AUGGCUUCUUCUUCCGCGACGACGAGCGCGAUGUUUUCUCGCACUUCUUCUGUUUUUACGAAGAAAUCUUCGACGACGACGACGGUUCGAUCAUCGGCCAUUUCCCGCAAAACAACGAAGGCAUCUGCUUCUUCUUCUUCUUCUUCGAAGAAGAAGAAGGAGCAAAAGCAACAACAACAACAACAACAACAGUUCUUGGGAAUCGCCUCCACUUCUUUGUUGUUAGCCGCGACUCCUUUACCAGCGAGUGCGUCCGAGUUGACGGAAAAGCUCGCCGGGUUCUUAGACGCCGUGGAUGCAGCCUCGGAAACCGUCGCCAGUGGCGUCUCGCAAACCGUGGAAGUGGCGAAGCAAGUGAAAGAGGCGUACGACGAAGCAGUCCCGGUGGUGACGCCGUACGCGGAGCGCGCGUUUGAAGCGGCGAAACCGUUAGGGGAAGCGGCUGGUGGGUUAGCGAACAAAUACGUGGCUCCGGUCGCGGCGGAUGUGAUUAGCAAAGCCUCCACGGGCGCGAGCGGGGUGGUGACGCAAGCGUCGGGCGCGUUGAAGCAGCAAGGCGUGGACGUCGCGCCGGUUGUUUCCGUGGUCGAGACGACCGGUAAGAGCGCGGUGGAUGCGGCGUUGCCGAUUGGGAAGCAAGCGUUGGAGUACGUGUCCACGGCUUCGGCCGGCGAGCUCGGUUUGUUGGCGAUCGGCGCGUACGUCGCGUACUUGAUCUUGCCGGGCGUCUUGGGCGUCUUCGCCGGCGCGGCGAGAGGCUACGCCGGCGACGUUGGCGCGUUGGAAGCGUACGAAAUGGUCCUGUCUGGUAACACCAAUAUCAUCGACUUGCGAUCGGAAAAUGACAAAGCGAAAUCCGGGCCAAACCCGCCGAAAGGGAGAGUUUUAGAGGUGGACGCCAAAGGCGAAUCGGUCGAAGUCACCGCGUUGAAAGUAAGCGCCAUGAACGGCGUCGGUAAGGGAAAGAAGUACAUCAUCGUCGGCGGCAACAGCAAAGGGUUCGCCAAAGCGUUGAAAAACAAAGGGUUCAACAAAGUCUUCGUCUUAAAAGGUGGCUACGGGGCGUGGAGAAACGCCGGUUUGCCGUAA